AAACCCACACACAUAUGGUCAAUUAAGCUAUGACAAAGGAGGCAAAAAUAUACAAUGUGGAAAAGACAGCCUCUUCAAUAAGUGGUGUUGAGUCAGUUUUACCUUUUUUCAUGAAUAAGUUAUUUGUGUUCCAGGAUGACAUAUGUGAUAAAAGUUUGUGUUUAAUGAGGGCAAAAGAAGCAAAUAUUCCAUGUGGUUAUUAUGCCAUUUAAGUUAGGGGAGUUUCUCACCAAAGUUUAGAAAUGUUUGCACUUAAACAGCAUUUAAGAGGUGGAUGCAAACUCCACUUCUGCAUCAGAGUUUUAGGUCAUCAAACUGACCUUUCUUCUGCCUGUGGCAUAGCCAUCAUACAUGGCAGUGCAGGGGCAAGCAAAGGGCACCAUUGGCCAGCUGCUUUCCACUAGUUCUGCUGCCUCAUGGUGUUAUGUGGGAUAAGGUGCCCUUAAGCUUAUUCCUGAAACUGGUCAGUGUGGCUUACAUAUACUGUUCAUCGGAAACAUGGUUUUCCACUUGAUAUUUUACAUUUAGAGAUUCCUCAGGGGUAAAUCUAAUUGAAAGUGAUAUUUUCAAAGGCAGGUUUCUUCAGAGAUUAGUCAGCAGAGGUUUAGAGUUGAAGGUUGCUACAUGGAAGUGAGAUCAACUCUGGGCCUUUGACACGUAUUGGACUUAGGUAAUCAGUGGGGCUGGGUCGGGGGACAUUAGGACAAUUCAUGCGUAAGGGAGAACGGGACAGUCUUUGCGUAAGGGAGGCUUUAAUUUGAGUUUAUGAUAGCAGAUUAGGGCUAUGUAGUUCUCGUAGGUUCAGCUCUCUAAGUAAUUAUGUCAUUGCCAAGGUCUGCCAGUUAUAUCUGAAGGGGGCAGAUUGAUGCUGCUGUUUUAACUCAUUGUUGAAGUGCUGUUUCUUUUCACUAACUGGGUAAAAUUUAUUACAAAAGGGAAAUCUUUGGUCUAGUUCAGCAUUGCCAGGCCCUUGCAUUUUGUCUUUUUAUAAAAGGAUGCCAAUGAUUAGUAUCUUCUCUGCAGCAUUAUGGUAACACUAAAUAAUUAGAAGUUGAAAAUAUCCAGCCAUUGGGGAAUGAGUGGUUAAAUAAUUUACGGUAUAUCCUCAUUGUGGGAUGUUAGUCAAGUGCUAAAAAUGAGGUCUGCUUAUAUGUUGAGAUGUAAAAAGAGAACCACAGUAUAUUGUGAAAAGCAAGAUGCAAAAACAUGUAUAUGGUGAGCUAUUUUUUUUUUCAGAAGAAAAUCAUGUAUAUGUACAUAGAAGGUGCUUAGGUAAUAUUUUAUUAAACCCUUAUUGUGUGCUAGCACUAUGCUCAACACUCAGCAUACCCGUGUGAUCUCUUGUAGAUCUGACAGCAAUGCUCUGAGGUAGAUAAUUAUUUAACCUGCUUUAAAGAUGAGGAAACAGCAGCCUAGAGAGUGUAGGAAGCCUACCCCAGGGUGCAUAGUGGGUUAGAGGCAAAACAGGACUCCAGCCCUGAAGCCUGCACUCCCAGCCACCGUGUUUUGUGCACUUCUUGUUAACAUUUAUCUGCUGAAAGAGCGUACGGUGGCCUAGUAGUUAGUAGGGAUGUCAUAUGAGACUCAUAAGAUGGAUACUCAACUAGGUGCCUUCCAGAUCCUUCCCUCACUCUGCAUUUAUGUCCAGGCUGCAGAAGCCUCCUGCAUACGUUUCUGAAAGUGCCGCUUCUCCGGACCCGACAUUGUCCCCUCCAUCCCACCCACUCCCCCACCCCCGCCCCAUGCCUCUUCGCCCCAUGAUGCUGUUAUUCAUUUUGGACUUCAGAGGGCAGUUAGGCUGCUUUGUUUUCUGGCUUCUUGCAAGCUCUAGGAAUCUGCACGAGUACUUGAAACUUCAUCUUUCUCUUAAAGCACAUUUAGAACAUAAUGGCUGUCGUCGUAAAUGCUCGGGUAACCUAGGUCUACAGUUCACAUUAAACAUUAGCUCACAUUGCCUCCAGGUUUGAAACCAGUGUACCCAGAAGAAAUUUACAAAAGGACAGUGAUGUUGAAAUAUUUUAAGUGCAAACAGCAGGAUUCCUGUGUGUUGACAGGGACAAGGCUAUGUUGUCUAAAGUCCCUGUUUGAUUCCUCAUUUUCCAUCCCUUCCCAGUGGCCUCUUCCUCUUUGGACCUUCUGCAGUCUUGUGACUGAGCAUUCUAGCUCCCUCUUUGUAAAAUGCCUCUGAUUAAAUGUGUAUAUGUAAAAUCUCUUACUUUAUCCCAGAAGACAUUGCUUUAAUAUGGUUUUAAUUCCCUGGAGGGAUAGUACUCCCACUGUUGACCAGUUGGAAAACUCAAGAUUUGGAAAAAAAAAAUUUUAAAUGCUCAUAAGUACAGAGGGGAUUUGGUUGCCAGAACUGUUCGUUGGGGCAAUUGUGUCCUCCCUUUUGCUUCCCACAGUCCGGUGCUUGAUGCACAAGGUUUUGGUUGAUUACUUUGUAUUGCAUUCUAGUGGGAACCAGUUUCUCCACCCAUUCUCACUCUCUGUGAUCUCAAUUCCCUAUUGUUCCUUGGGCCUGAGGAUGCAGCUAGAUCUGAGAGUGGGAGGGAGUGAAGUGAAAGAUGCUGUCAUUUAGUGUAGGAAUUGGUUCAGGAUAUAAUCCUGUCCACUUCUUUUCUUGGUCAAAGCAAAAAUAAUGCAGGAGUCACGUGAGCAGGAUGUUUCUCAAGUGUGUAGGACCAAUUUAUCAUAAGAAGCUUUGGGAAACUGGACUCUGAUGAUUUCCCCAUAAUGAAUCUGCCUCUCAGGAAUCCUUUUCCAAAAAUCAUUGUUCUCUGUAGCCCGUGUGGAUACUUUUUUAACAUCUUGCUUGUCAAUGUGAUUGCCAGCGUCCUAGAGAAGUUGACAGUUUCUGUGAUUUCUAUGAGCAGAAAAAUGUGGGCUCAAAAGCUUUUCCUCUAAAUGAAUCUGUUGUGUAACAUCCAAGCUGACUCAGAAUAUAGGUGCAUACUCUUGCUCUGAGAAGGUAGAAGAAGGGGAAGAGCCCAAUUCAGACAAGGUGUGGGCGAGGAGGCAGGGCACCCCAGAGCAAAGGCGUCCUGUGCUGUAAUCUCAGCCUAAACCAUAUCUCUGGGCAGGAGUUUUUUGCUUCCUAUUUAUUUGUAUCCCUGAGUAACCACAGACCCUCGCCUCCAACGUGGGAUGUUAACCUUGGUGCACUGAGGAGAUGAGCUGCAGAGCUAAAGCAGAGUCCGAGAGGAGCUUCACUUAUGCAGAAUCUGUACAACCUUCUUUGCCAUACAUUGGCCACAUGCUUAGGACUUGGGAGAUGAGAGCUAAGGGCUGAAAUUCCUCAAGGAGUCACUCAGGAGCAAGCUCUGGCCAGUUGGAGGGAGUGACACAUCCUUCUCCAGUCCCUCCCUUCUCAUCCCUCCGCACCUUUACUCUCACGUGCGCUUGCAGGCACUUAGGCAGAAGUGAGCCCUGUGGCUCUGCGGAGACGAGCCUGUUGGGUUUAAAGAAGGAAACAAACAAACAGAACCCUCAGGCCAAGUCCCAGCAUUAAAAUUGUUACCUUGAAGAAGCCGAGUGGACAGUUUGAAGAGAUGAAUGGACCGGUGGAUGGCUUGUGUGACCAUUCUCUAAGCGAGGAAGGGGCCUUCAUGUUCACCUCGGAAUCUGUAGGAGAGGGGCACCCGGGUUGUAAGUUAACGAAGCCGAGGAUCUGUGCCGCAGCCCACCACCAGCAUCUCCUCACAGUGGGACUGCGACGGAGAACACACGGAUGGUUGGAUAAACAUGUGUGUAAAAUGUAUCAUCAGAUAAGAUCUGUGACCAGAUCAGCGAUGCAGUGCUGGAUGCGCACCUCAAGCAGGACCCCAGUGCCAAGGUGGCCUGCGAGACGGUGUGUAAGACGGGCAUGGUGCUGCUGUGCGGGGAGAUCACCUCCAUGGCCAUGGUGGACUACCAGCGGGUGGUACGGGACACCAUCAAGCACAUCGGCUACGACGACUCGGCCAAGGGCUUUGACUUCAAGACCUGCAACGUGCUGGUGGCUUUGGAGCAGCAGUCCCCGGAUAUUGCCCAGUGUGUCCAUCUGGACAGAAACGAAGAGGAUGUCGGUGCCGGAGAUCAGGGCCUGAUGUUCGGCUACGCCACAGACGAGACGGAGGAGUGCAUGCCCCUCACCAUCAUCCUGGCGCACAGACUCAACGCCCGCAUGGCGGAACUGCGGCGCUCGGGGCAGCUCCCCUGGCUGCGGCCUGACUCCAAGACGCAGGUGACAGUGCAGUACACGCAGGAGCGCGGCGCGGUCAUCCCCGUGCGCAUCCACACCAUCGUCAUCUCCGUGCAGCACAACGAAGACGUCACGCUGGAGGACAUGCGCAGGGCGCUGAAGGAGCAGGUGAUCAGGGCCGUGGUGCCGGCCCAGUACCUGGACAAGGACACCAUCUACCACCUGCAGCCCAGCGGGCGGUUUGUCAUCGGAGGCCCCCAGGGGGAUGCAGGAGUCACUGGCCGUAAGAUCAUUGUGGACACCUAUGGCGGCUGGGGGGCGCACGGCGGGGGCGCCUUCUCCGGGAAGGACUACACCAAGGUGGACCGCUCGGCCGCGUAUGCUGCCCGCUGGGUGGCCAAGUCCCUGGUGAAGGCGGGGCUCUGCCGGAGAGUGCUUGUGCAGGUGUCCUAUGCCAUUGGUGUGGCCGAGCCACUGUCCAUUUCCAUCUUCACCUACGGAACGUCCCAGAAGACAGAGAGAGAGCUGCUGGAUGUGGUCAACAAGAACUUCGACCUUCGGCCUGGCGUCAUCGUCAGGGACUUGGAUUUGAAGAAGCCCAUCUACCAGAAGACGGCAUGCUACGGCCAUUUCGGAAGAAGCGAGUUCCCCUGGGAAGUUCCGAAAAAGCUUGUGUUUUAGUGCUGGUGGGACCAGGCCUGGCCGCACCGUGGAGGCAUCUGGGUGGAACAGAGCCGUGUUCCUCUUUUCUAGGACCCCAACUCUCAGAUCUCCCGGACCCCGGGCUGGGCCUUGCCCACCUACUGCCGCCUCCUUGGCAAAGCCAGGCCCCUCUGAUUUAGCAGGAGGAGGGGGCCUCCUGGUACCGGGCUCAGAUCUCCUCGUGAGGACAGUCACGAGGUUCCCCUGCCUCUCCCUCAGGCCAAGACGAUGCGAAUUUAGUGGAAAUCCCACCCAUGGUCGGCAGUAAAUCCCCUCGCUCACCUUCCGCCACGGCCUGGACGCUGACCAGCCCCUGCCUCCCUGGCGUGUGCCGAGGGCAGCACACGGCACAGAUCUCAGGGCUCCGUGUGGGCCUGGGUGUGCCGGGGCUGCCCCUCACGUCUGCGGCCAUGCGGUCAGCGUCCUGAGCCCAGGCCUUCCAGAGGCCCUCCCAGGCUGGGUUUGUGGCAGGGGUGAGAGCGUCUAGUGUGUAAGGGACUGAACUACUCACUGAUCUCAUUUCUUCUUCACUGCAACACAGUGAGGUGACCCCCUGUGUUACCUGCAUGUAUAGAUGGGGAAGCCGAAGUAGCUUUCACAAGGCUAGAUGUGAGAGUGGGAGCCCAUACACCGUGUCUCCCCCUGCCAGCACCCCCAUCUCAUGCCAGAGACAGGUCUGAGCGAUGACCAAGUGCAUUGAGAUGAGGCUGUGACCUCUGUCCUGAAGACUUGAGGUCUCUGGGAAUUAGGGGAUUAAGCCCUUGGUGAGCCCUGGGCCAUGAUCGGCAGAGUCAGGACAGACCCAGAGGGGUGUUUCCUUUGCCUCUUUCAUUUCAGAAGACAGUUCGGGGUGCGCUGGCUAUCCUGGCCCACGGGGCUGGGCUGGAGUUGGGAAUUAAGAGGCAGCGGUAUAAUCCCAGCCCUGACCACUCAGGGACAUGCAGGGCUGGGCCUGUGGACCCCUGGGGAAAGGGUCCAAGGCCAGUCCUGUCCCAUCGGGCUUCCUAGAGCAGGAGCCGUGUUCCUCCUGCUUGGCCCUUAAACAGGGGGUGGAACCCUGUGUCCUCCACGGCUCGCUCUCUCUCUGGCCCCUCUGUAACCCCUGCAGUCUGACUGCUGUAGGAUCAGUGGGUGAGCCCCUCAGACCCCACUUCCAGAGAGGACAGCCCUAAGGCCUGAAUAUCAAAUGUUAAAUGGUGACUCAAAGUGGCAGGGCUUGACUCCUAAUGGGAGAUAAGUCAGGAUGUCAAGAGGCGGCUUCUGCCUUUACCAGGCAGCCUCUGGGGGCAGCUCUACCCCUGAGGUCCUGGUGCUCCUUUGCGCACCGGGGUCUUGGAAGCUGCACAUUCCCCAGCCUUUCCAUCUGUGGCUGGUAGCCACUCCCCCCAUCCCCCUUCCUCAGCCUGGGCCUCUGACAGCUGCACCUCUACGUUCUCCCCAGCUCCCCAGACCACAGGCUCAGGUAGGGGCCUCCAUGGGCUUCUGGAGAGCACUGGGGACUGGCCUUCUUUCUGGGGCACACGGUGCUGGAUCUGGCUGGGAGACACAGCCCGGGAAGCCUCAUCUGGGUGGCAGGCGGCCAGCAGCUGGGCUCUAGGCCUGAAGCACGAAGACCCUCGGCUUUCUCUUCCCCUCAGGGAAAAGGCAGCUUGUUCAGGGCAGAGAAAGAAGCCCAGAUCUCCAUAAAAGCCUAGAGCUGGUGUGUGUGAUACGGAAGCUCAGGUCUCUCUCAGGGCUCCAGGUCACCCAGGAAGUCUUGAGUUCCUUUCGGGAGAGGGAGGCUCAGCCUUGCAGGUGGCUGAGUUCCUCUAACUUGGGCCAUAUUCGAAGUGAAAAUUCAGAAUUUUAUACUUUUCCCACCCGCUGGAGAAACAAGGUUUUUUUGGGUCAACACUGUUUAUAUGAAACUAGAGUCUAUUUGUUAAUAGUUCCUGCUAAACCGGUGAAUAAAGAACACAAGGAGCAACUA